UGAACUUACCUUAUACCGAAGAGAUAGAAAAGGAGAAAACGUUAAGUCGCCGAAAGAGAUGGAUAUCGACGACGAUGGGGGCGGAGGCGAUUACCGCCGUAGAAGUUCGAGGAAGACGAAGCCGUCAGGGAACGACGGCGGCGAAAGCAGAAUACGACGGAGAAGUUCGAGGAACACGACGAUGUCGACGGCGGCGGAAGCGACAAAACGGCCGAGUGGUGGCCUAAAACAACCCGCGGGUGAUAAAGACGGUUGCGACGAUGUCGGAAUUCGUUUGCCGGAGAGGCUCUUCGCUACAGAUCGGUUCCCGAGCGAGAGGGUUAAUAUGUACUCGACGGUGGACCUGUUGUUGUGGGUUUGGGACGUCCUCAGCGGUUCCCCCGAGAUGGACAUCUUGUUGGGUUCUUGCUUUGCAGGCCUCUUUCAGAUGCCCGCCCGGAGGCUCUUCGCCGGAAAAGUUGUGCAUAGCAUGAUGACUAGGCAAGUUGUAACGAAGAAAUUACGAGAUGUGGCCUGUUUUUUUGGGGGGGAAGCCAUUGCGUUUCUCUUUGGUGGAUUUCAGUGAGGUGACGGAGUUGCCCUGCGGCGAGUUCGAAGAUGGUUACAACUUCGAUUACCAACUCCCGCCAAACGAGGAGAAUUAUGAGUAUUGGGGAGGCUCAUUGGAAGAAACCGCGACGCGACUGUCGAGGAUCUUAUAGCGUUGGUGGAAAGUGACGAGCAGAUGUUCGGGGAGAAGAAACUGAAGCUCUGCCUGCUAGUUAUUGUUGAUGGGGUGUUGGUGGCGACCUCGCAUAAACCGAUGCCCACUCUUAAAUAUGUAAAGUUGCUGGAAAACCUUGAUGAGUUUUUUGACUUCCCAUGGGGCAGGGAGUCAUUCCUGUGGACGCUAAGUACUUUGAAGCCACAGCCGAAGGUGUUCGGGAAGUUAGAAGACCCACUGGGUUUUUUUUGCAAAAAACUACGGCAGCAGAUGGUGAAAACUGUAGGUUUUCCUUUGGCGUUGCAGUUGGUUACAUUCUGGUGUAUUCCUCAGUUGGCGGCGUUUGUUGGAGGCGAUGACACCGCAACUAUCAUGCAGUAUCCAGAGAAGUCCAUGCCGCUGCAUGCUGGGCUUAACUUGGCGCAUGUUAGGAAAGCUGAGCACGAUCCUGCAGUAAGAACAUGUUUUAUGUACCCCCGGUGUUGACUCUUGAAAAUUUAAAAGUUGAGCCAAUGAUGGAGAUUAGUGGGGAUCAUGAAGAUAGGUGGGGCUUAUGGGAUGAUGAGAAUUAUGACAAGAAGGUGGAAUACAUGGUUCAGUUGUUGAAGGAGGGGCAUCUGUUUUUGAAGCCCAACUGGUUGGGGGGCGAUGCUGGUGACCCCUUGUUUGUGUACAUCGAGAAGCUAAAAACUCCCAAGAGGAAGAAACAAGUGGUCUCCGAAGAUGAGCCGCUGCCCAAACAGCGGAGGAUAAGUGGGUUCUUUAGAAGGACCCAAACAGGAGUAGACCCCGGGAAGUUUGCUGCAUUGGAGGGGCGGGUAAACUAGUUUGGUAGUGAAGUAGCGAAGCUUAGGAAUGUGUGUGAGAAACAGGGUAGGACUAUCAAGAGAUUGAAAGAGCUGUUGAAGGGUAGGAGUCAGAAGAAAUAUCGUCGUAGUUGCAGGAAGAAAACGAAUGUGGAUGUUACUGAGAGCCAAAUGGGGGCUGAUGUGAAUCUGGACAAUAGGAAUAAUGAUGAUGUAGUUACGAGCAGCGAAGAGACUGAGUCUGGUGGGGUCGAUGUUUUUGGAACUUUGGCCCAGCAGCCUGGUGGGCUACAUCGUGGGAAUGUAACUACCACGACCAGCGACGAUGGCAGGGGGUGAUGUCGAAGACGUUGGUUUUGGGGCUGAGGAGGCAAUCGCAGAGAAAGUUGAGGAAAAAAUGUCAUCUGAGGGAAUAAGCGCUGCGGAGCAGGGGAGUUUGGAUCUUUUAGUUGGGCUGUGAUGCGUGAUGCUGGGAUGGCAACUGUACCCGACCUCCCAAAGAUAGUAAUGGGGCAGGUCGGAGGCGGAUUGCUUCCUGCUUCUGAGGGCGAGGCAAGGGCGGUGGACGAAGAUGUUACUGGAGCUUCAAGACCCGAGAGGACAAACUUGGAAGAGGUGUUUGAAGGCGUGGCAACUCGUACGGGCGAGGUGGAAGAGGUGUCUGAGGUGAGGCCUGAAAUCACAGAAGGGGAGGAGAAACCCUUGGGCGAGGACAGAGUGAGAGAAGAGGUGGGCGGAAACGAUGCCAAGAGUAACGUUGCCAGUGGUGCCGUUGUUGUUGUUGCUGGGAAGCCAGAGGCUGAAUCCUCUGUUGCACAUGCGCGGGCAGAGGUUGGCGUGUACAAGAACAGCGAGCAGGAAAAGAUGGGCGUGUCCAAGGAGAACCAGAAGCAUGUUGUUGUUGAUCAAGUGUUUGCCGUUCUGCAGGGAAUCGAUGAUGAGAUUGGUUCUGGCGACGACCUGACUGAUGAUGACGCUGCUGACGCAAAAGAAGUAGUGGGUCGAUGGUGCUCAGUGAUUCCCCCACAGCAUUGGCUGCUAGGCAUGUUCCAUUGGCAGACGAGGAGGAGUUGGCGGCUUUCCUCCUGGCGAAGUCACCACUAACGUUGGCAGACAUGGUGCGGUUGUCUGAAGACGGUGAUUAUCCCUUUUUUGAGAGGGUUUUGCAGACCAAUCCGAAAGCCAUGCAUAUGAAUGCUGGGGGGGGGGGGAUUUUG